AUGAUUCCGCACAGGCCCAUGCCGAUAGCUGGAGGCGUCGGCGGUAUGCCAAUGAGCGUGGGUACGGGAAUGACAGCAGGCGUGACUUCAGAAAUGGGAACGGCAAGCGAUGGCAUGCAUCCUCAGGUCCAUCUGCAGACUCCAGGGCAGUCUCAUCCAUCUCACUUUCGUCCUCAUCAGGGGCAUCAGCCCGGCGCUGCAGGCGUGACCGGUCUGAACGCGCGAGCGAAUGCGCAGGGUGGAGUCUAUCAUCCUCAUCCUCACCAAGCUCUUGCGCAGGAACAGCAUCACGUUCAGCAAGGCAUCCCACCUCAGCUUCAACACCCGUCAGGUUCGGGACAGCAUGGUCCACAAAUUCAUCAGCUCCCACAGAUCAACCAACACUCGAACCCUCAUGCCCAACCCCACGCAUCGCUGAAUGGCAUCUCUUCUCCUCAUCCCAGCAGUGCGGGCGUAUCUACACCUCCAAACGCAGCCAAUCAGGGACAAACCAUGAUGAUUGGAAGAGUGCCGAGCGCAGCAGGAGCUCAGGUUCUUAGCGCGAGCGUGCCCACGCAUCAGUCUGGCGCAGUACCGAAUCAUUUUGCUCCGCAAAGGAGGGCCUCUGGACAGCUGGAGCAUUCAAAUGCGGAUUCUAAUGGCUUCGGUCAGGCGGUUCCUGGCUCAGCACAAACACAGCCGCGCGGAUCAGCUCAUCAAAAUGCUGUCCGACUCAAUGGCAGCUUGCCUGAUGAUCAUUCCAGUCACACCCGAGCCGUUGGCACGUUGGGUGCUCCACCGCGUGGCUUGCCCAUUGCUCCAGCAGGGCAAGUGCAUACGCCCCCCGAGAGUGGUGUGAUGCGCAUGCUGCAGUACUCGGAAGCUCUAGCAGCCGGUCCAGAGGUGAGGAGCAGGUAUUUGCUCGCAAUCAGCCUCACGAACUCGCGUGGGAUAAGCGAUGUUGCUGACCUGGUCGUGUGCUUGAUACCUCAUAGCGAGACACAAUGGAAUACUGGCAGGAUUGGGCGAAGGAAUUCUAUGCAUCCAAUGGCGUGUUUCACUACGUUCUCUGGAAUCCCACCAGCCGCGAACAAAAGGCCUUUGGUGAGUGGCCACGGCCGCAUACAGCCUGUCGGAGAUGUGCUCGGAAGCUUUGUGAUUACACUGUGGGAGCGCUAGACCUAACCGCGGUGACCCUUUCGUCCUUCAUUAUCAGAGGUGCCGACCUCCGUGCUGCCCAGGUACAUGCUGACCAACUACACAUCAGGCAUGAAGGGUGCAAGUUUACAUCUCGAAGCCCCACGAGAGUACGUGGCGGGGGUGACGCGAUUUCCCUCCUCGUCGUCUCCUUUUGCGACCAAUUCACCAGCUUUUGCGACGAAAUUUUCGCUGCAUCUCGAGCCAUCCUCUGCCGUGACGCAUCUAGUCCAGUGCGACAGGGCCAUCAUCAUGCAGUAUUUCUCCAGCGGCUGGCAAAUACAGCAGAUCGGGGCGUUCAGAGCGGCUCUAGUACCUGCACCGAGAUUGGUUCCUGUUCAAGCAGGCUCAGAAGGUCCGCAUCGGUAUGAAGUGAGACUAAGGCUCGAGUCGUUCGAUUACUCUUGCAUUUCGCACACGAGUUACUUGUCGCACGGUAUGCUAUCCCCUGUCAAGAUGGAACAAAGCAUUCCCAAGGAGACGAUUCAGGCUAUACUCGCUGCCCAUGGUAUUUCUGAUUCGAAUGCUGCGGGAGAGAUGGACAGCAAAGGUGGAUUGGGAGCAAAGACUUCAAAGAAACCGAUGAGAAAGCAAUCCAGCGCCGCAAGUAAGAAGGAAGAGAAAGACAGAGGCAAAGCUGAAGGCGCUGGAGCCACAGCAGCACUGGUCAAGGAGGAAGACAAAGACAGUAACGGCACAAAAAACGAGAGCAGAGACGAUGAGACUACAUCUGGAGCUCCUGGCAGCAAUUCAUUUUUCGUCUCGGUCGAAAAGCUCGAUCUUCCAGAGAGCCCAGUGAACGAAUAUGGUAUCACGCUUAGAGCUAUGAGGUGUCUCGAGGUACGUGCCUGAUGCCGAGUUGAGUACAGCCUCUAGCGGCUGACGCACGCCUCUCGCAAAAUCAGAUCACAGAGAGCGUCUGUCACCUUCGCGCACUGAUGGAUUUCACGCAGCACGAGAACAUUGGUCCCCUGGGUUGGUACCAGUUGCAGGAAGCAUGACAUUGUCUCCCCUCUGCUGACCAUGCCAUAAAACUGCCUCCUUUCCAGAGGGUCUGCGCAAGCUAGCACAGCAGUUCAGGGAACAGCAGCGAAUGUCAUCUGCUGGUGGAUCAGCAGGCAGUAACUACGCACUCCUGCCAGCUGCCGCCAUCAACGCUGACGCCUCUUCCCACCCAGAUCCGACCGCCAGUGGGGAGGCAGAUGCGGGGGCUGGUAUUGGUGGACAAAUCGCAGACAACGCUGCGAAUAAGAGAAAGGGUGCGCCAGGGGAGGCUGCAGGAGGCAACGCGAACGCAGGCAGACUCAACCUGAGCAGAAGCUCCACUCAGCAGGGCUCCAAUGCUAGCCCCAAACAAGUUUCAAGUCCAAUCAAACGCCAAAGGUGA